CGUGUCUCAUUGAUUCGUGCUUUGUUGGUUGUCUUUCCUGUUUUGUACGAGAACUUGCUCAUCGUCUUCCUGAAUUGAGAACCAACGCUGUCGUUAGUAUCUUCGUGUGGGCUCUUCCUACCUGCUGAUAUGGCGGACGGUGGACAGUUUCCCCCGACGGAGAGGGUCUGCUACCACUGCUGACAGCAAGGACACUAUAUCAGAAAAUGUCCCUAUCUGCAUCGUCAGGAUGGCUUGAUUUCAGGAACUCUGGUGUCUCGGGUCGCUCCAGGAGGGAGGAGAAAGACCGGCGUCGCGAAGAGGAUGAUCGCCGCUUACGAGAGGAACAGAAUCGGAUCAUGAAGGAAGAAGAGAAGAAGCGACUGGAGGAAGAAGAGGCUCGUGAGGCUGAGAAGGAGGCGAGGAUGGCUCGCUUAAUCAACUCCAAAAUGGAAGAACUCGACAAGCAGCAUCAAGCUAGGACGGAGGAGGAGAGCAAGAAGAUCUGGAAAGAAAUAGAGAAAGCGAUCUCGGAUCCUGUUCACAGCAAGAAGAGUAAGGAGAUGGUCAUCGAUGUUGCAGACAACCGGAAACGUGGGCAACUGGAGAUGGAGGGAUCUCCCCCGUUCCAACCGGCGAAUGGGAAGCCCCGUGCGACGGGACCUACCAAAAAUGUGGGCGCUACCUUCAGCGGGAUCGAUGCUGGACUGCUGCUGAUGGAGAUUGACAACGUCAAGCGCUCUCAGGAUUCUCAGGCGAAUGUCAUGCGUCGUGUUAUGGACCUUGUAGAGAAGCUCAGUGCCUCCAUAACUUCUAUCCCCGUCUCUGCUCCGGGCCCGGCUACUUCAGAUCCACCACUUUCUUCUCAUCCCCCCCCGCCUCCAUCUUCAUCUGCACCCCCGCAACGUUCUACCAAUCCUCCCCCUCCUCAUCCUCCUCCACCUCCUCCUCCCCCUUCCCCACCCCCUCCCCCUCCCCCUCCCCCUUCCCCUCCUCCUCCUCCACCUUCGCCCCCUCCCCCUCCUCCCUCCGUUGACAAUAGGAAGAAGGUGUCGGGCUCUGAAGCCUGCUCCUCUCGAGGGAAGUCUGUCGAUAAGACUCCGGGAGUGAAUCGCUUUUCUGCAAGACUUGCCGAUAUGUUUGCUUCUGUUGCGGGUAAUCAGGUACGACGAAGAAGAUCGUUGUCCCCACCUAGACGAUCGCUUGGAGAUGAACCCCUAGGCUUCAAUCGAGUCAUUCCGGGGAAGAAGGCGGCGGUUGCGUCUUCCGGAAAGGAUGGGUGCGUCAGAUACGUGGAAGAUCUCAAGAAAAAACUCCUGAACAAAACGAAGUAUCAACUGGAAUCACUGUGCAAAGCCGACAACAUUAAGUACUUUAACAAGAAACAAGCUUCGACUGACCUUGCUGAGAUCAGAGCGCGUGGUGCCUACGGCGACCAAUCUGAGGACAACGGCCUUGACAAUAUCGAUGCGGAUAUCCAAGAGGAAAACCCCUCUUGAUGAUUUGUAGAUCUUACUGAUCUAUGAUACUACUGGGAUCUUACUGUUAAGUUAGGUUCCAACCACGUCUUUCAUGGUGUUCG